AUGGGCUGCUUACUAAUCUUCUAUCAGCUUCUCUGUCUUCUAAUGUUUUGCUUGAGUUCUCAGCCUACUCUUUCAUCCUCUUCAUUUGCCCCUUCAGCAACACCCCUCUGCUCUCACAACGAGGCUUCAGCUUUGAUGAAAUUUAAAAGCUCCUUUUCCAUCAAUGAAACUGCUUCAGAGGAAUGCGAACAUACUAGCACCCCAUCUUAUCCUAAGACUGAUUCGUGGAAGGAAGGGACUGAUUGCUGCUCAUGGGAUGGAGUCACUUGCGACAAUAUAACAGGCCAUGUGAUUGGCCUUGACCUCUGUUGCAGUUGGUUAUAUGGUGUCAUUUUUUCCAACAGCAGUCUAUUCCAUCUUCCACAACUACAGAAGCUUAACCUCGCACAUAACCAUUUUAACGGUUCCAAGAUGUCAUCUGAGUUUGCUCAGUUCACAAGUUUAACGCAACUCAACCUCACGGACUCAGUCUUCACAGGACAAAUUCCACUCCAAAUCUCCCACUUGUCAAAGUUGGUUUCACUUGAUCUCUCUCGGAAUUAUCUUCAAACAAUUGACAAACGUACUUUGGGAGGACUUGUUCAGAACCUAACAGAGGUGAGACAACUGUUUCUUCAUCGAAUCAACAUGUCUUCUAUUAAUCCUAUUGUCUUGAUGAAUAUAUCCUCUUCUUUAAGCUCUCUUAGUCUUGAAGGUUGUGGUUUGCAAGGAAAAUUCCCAGAAAACAUUUUUCACCUGCCAAACCUCAAGUUGCUCAAUUUACGAUACAAUCAUGAUCUCAAUAUCUAUCUUCCAAACUUCAACCAGAGCAACCAUCUUGAGCUAUUAUAUCUAGGUCAUACGAAUCUUUCUGGAGCAUUGCCUAAUUCCAUUGGCAAUUUAGUUUCAUUGGAACAUUUGGAUCUAAGUUUUACAAAUCUGUCUGGAGCAUUGCCUAAUCCCAUCCGCAAUCUACGAUCUUUGAAGUAUUUGUCUUUAUCAGGGGCUCCUCUAUGUCCAGGUUCACUUAACUUAAUUCGUAACCUAGUUUCUUUGGAGGAAUUGCAUCUCGAAGCAUGUAACAUUUCAAGAAUAAUGCUGAGAUCAUUGGGGAAUUAUGUUGGAGGACAGAUUCCAUCCUUACUCACAAACCUAUCUCAACUUAAAUUGUUGGACAUCUCUGACAAUCAACUAGAAGGUUCCAUUCCAAAUGAGGUAACUGCUUUUCCUAAUCUAAUCAAUCUAGACUUAUCUUUUAAUUUUCUCAAUGGUACACUUCCUUCAUGGUUGUAUACCACUUCCUCAUUAAAGUCCAUAAAUCUCCAACAUAACCAGCUCAGUGGUUAUAUCAAGCAAUUUCAACACAUAUCACUAGAAGCGAUAUUUUUACAGAAUAAUAAACUCCAAGGUUUGGAUCCAUCUUCAAUAUCUCAACUUGUGAACCUUACUAGGCUUGAUGUAUCAUCAAAUAAUCUUAGUGGAAUUGUAGAAUCUGACCUGUUUUCAAAACUCCAAAAUCUCCAAUACCUUGAUCUUUCAUAUAACAAUCUAUACUUCAACUCUAACCAUACCAGUACUGAUUAUACAUUGCCUAAUCUUUAUCUUUUGUAUCUGUCAUCUUGCAAUGUCAAUCAAUUCCCCCAAUUUCUAAGAGGCUCAAAAGUUUUGGAAAGGUUAGACCUUUCCAAUAAUAGAAUCUACAGCAAGAUUCCCAAAUGGAUGUGGGAUGUUGGGAAAGACUCUUUGUUUUACUUAAAUCUAUCUCACAACUCUAUGACAGAAUUAGAGCAACUUCCAUGGAAGAAUAUUCGAAUUCUUGAUUUAAGUUCGAAUUUGAUUCAAGGAGAUCCUCCAAUUCCACCUUUGACAACAUCUACUUUUUUGAUCUCAAAUAACAAUUUGAAUGGACAGAUGUCUGAUCUCAUAUGCAAUGUGAGUUAUCUUGAAAUUUUAGACAUGUCUCACAACCAUUUGAGUGGAAUUAUUCCGCAAUGCUUUGGAAAAUUAAGCAAAAGCCUUCGUAUGUUGAAUCUAGGGACGAACAAACUUCAUGGAACCAUUCCUGCAACAUUUGCAAAGGGAUGUCAAUUGGAGAAUCUUAAUUUGAAUGCUAAUCAAUUGGAAGGGCCUUUGACACGAUCCAUCCUUAAUUGUAGAAGUCUACAAGUACUAGAUCUUGGCAACAAUAAGAUCAAUGCUACAUUCCCUCAUUGGCUAGGAACUCUCCAAGAGCUAAAAGUUCUUGUAAUGAAAUCAAAUCAAAUGCAUGGUUUCGUAAAUGGCAAAAGGCAUACGCAUUAUUUUCGUAAGCUCCAAAUUUUAGACCUCUCCAAUAACAGUUUUACUGGACAGUUGCCAACUAGGUAUAUAGAAAAUUUCAAUGCUAUGAUGAAUGUGGAAGAAAAUAGAGAUGUCAUGCCGUAUAUUGGGGGUUCUGAUGUUACAAUGGGUAACUUUUACAGUUAUUCUGUUCAUUUGAUCGAAAAAGGGCAAGAGGUUGAAUUAAUGAAAAUAUUUGCCACAUUAACGAUCAUUGAUUUAUCAAAUAACAAGUUUGAAGGAGAGAUUCCAAGAGUUAUUGGAAAGCUUAGUUCAAUCAUUGGGCUUAACCUUUCUCAUAAUUACCUUGUUGGUCAUAUUCCACCAUCAUUUGGAAAUUUGAUCAAUCUUGAAUGGUUAGACUUAUCCUCAAACAAGCUGGAUGGAAAGAUUCCUGAGCAAUUGCUGAAUCUGACAAUGCUUUCUUCCCUAAACCUUUCCAAGAAUGAACUUGUUGGGCACAUACCUGAAGGCAAACAAUUCAACACGUUUGAGAAUAGUUCCUAUGAAGGGAAUGAUGGAUUAUGCGGUUUUCCACUCUCUAGAGAUUGCAGCAGUAAUGAAGCACAACAGCCACCACCUUCAAAUUUACAAGAAGAAGAUGGCUCAAAAUCUGAAAUUAGAUUUGGGUGGAAAGUUGUGCUAAUUGGAUACAUGUCCGGAUUUAUGUUUGGAGUGGGUAUGGGAUAUGCUGUUUUUCGGACCGGUAAACCCAAAUGGAUUGUGAGCUUGGUUGAAGCCAGACAUCAUCGAAGGCCAAAAAAGUCAAACAGGAAUGCUUGCACUAGUCGGACAAGGAGUUAGUAAUCAUCAAUGAGACUGCAGGUUUUGUUGAAAUUAAUGAAGAAGAAGAUGAAGAAAUCACAAAAGCUGCUGGAAUUAUGAUAUGUGUGCUUUUCUUUUCUUUUUUCUUUUUUUUUUUUUACAAAGCAUGGUGUUUAGAUUAGUUUUUCUUUUCGUUUGGUCAAAAACAACGGAUGUUUAGGGUGGCUGUAAUCUUCUUCUUUCAGUCUUUAGAUUAGUUAGCUGCAAUAUAAAUCACUUCUCAAUAAAUUAAAUUUAUUUUAAACCUAA